AUGCUAAAUUGUUUUCGUAUUGGCACGUCUUAAGUGCGCAUUUGAUUACGAGCGCGAUUCGGAAUUAUCUCAUGAUGGAUUUUGGAUGAAGCUUUGUGGGAGCGAUGAAUUUCUUUGCAAAGUCUUUUCAUCCUAUUCGAACUCAUUUAGUAUCUGAUAAUGCCGCAAAAUCGUCUAUCCAAACUCUAAUUGAAAAUGCCCUUGGAAAGUCUCGCCAGUUCCUUCGAGGUCUUUGGAGGAAAGGGAAUGAAUGCUCACCCAAUAACUAUCGUUAUCAGCAUAGGUUACCUGUAGAAUAUUUUUCGGAAAACCCUGUCCUGACGGUUUCCCCCAAAUCAAAUUUUUUUUCUUAUCGGCCGGGUUUUAUUCAGAAAGUAACUGCGAGAUGGGUCCCCAAUUCCCUAGUGGGUGCAUUAAGCAAAGAAUCACGAAAAAGAAUUUUACAAGGGGGAAGUGGCCCUAUGGUAUGUUUCGUUGGUUUUGCGUUGGCAAAGAAACCGUCAUUAUUAACUAAUGAAGAAGAAUUAGAAGGAGUUUCCUAUGAAAUACGAAAUGCAUUCUCAAAAGUACCUACCAGAAUGGCAGGAGAAAGUAUUCUUCAAGUUUAUGAAUCUAAAAAACAGUUUACUUUGGCUGAUUUAAAAAUUGGGGAAAUGAUUGCUAAAGGUUGUAAUGCUGCUGUUUAUGAUGCUUCUUUGCAGUCUACAACUCAAACAGGUAAAGUGUGCAUAUAUUCUUGUGUCUUCUAUCAAGUUAUUAAAAGUGCUUCUCCUAUUAUCAACUGA